ACAGCAACUAAACUUUGUCCGAGUCUCCGCAGCUGCGCGUCUAAUUUACCCUCGAAAGCGGCGCGUUUGUUUUUUAGCCUCGUUUCAGCCGUUCACUUUGGAUUAUACUCUGAAGAUGGAAUAAGGAGUCAUCAUGGUGGUGAAUUCGGUGCACUGGUUUCGCAAAGGUCUACGGUUGCACGAUAAUCCGGCGCUGCAGGAGGCCCUGAACGGAGCGGACACGGUGCGCUGUGUUUAUAUCCUGGACCCGUGGUUCGCUGGCGCCGCUAAUGUGGGAAUCAAUCGAUGGAGGUUUCUGCUGGAGGCCCUGGAGGACCUGGACAGCAGCCUGAAGAAGCUCAACUCCAGGCUGUUCGUAGUCCGAGGGCAGCCCACCGACGUCUUCCCCAGGCUGUUCAAGGAGUGGAACGUGACCCGGCUGACGUUCGAGUAUGACCCCGAGCCUUAUGGGAAGGAGAGAGACGGCGCCAUCAUCAAGAUGGCCCAAGAGUUCGGAGUUGAAACCGUGGUCAGGAACUCGCACACCCUCUACAACCUGGACAGGAUCAUCGAGAUGAACAACAACAGUCCUCCUCUGACCUUUAAGCGUUUCCAGACCAUUGUGAGUCGACUGGAGUUGCCACGGAGACCCCUGCCUCCCAUCACGCAGCAACAGAUGGACAAAUGUCGCACGAAGAUAGCCGACAACCACGACCUGCUGUACAGUAUACCCUCACUGGAGGAGCUCGGUUUCAGGACGCAGGGUUUAGCUCCAGCUGUGUGGCGAGGAGGAGAGUCGGAGGCCCUGGACAGACUCAACAAACAUCUGGACAAAAAGGUAAAAAAAAAAAAUAAUCGUCCUGUUUUUCCCUCUUCGUGUCUCCAUCAGCUCCGGAAGCGUUGCAGUCCUCCCCUGUCCCUGUUCGGGCAGCUCUUAUGGAGGGAGUUCUUCUACACCGCCGCCACCAACAACCCAAACUUCGACCGCAUGGACGGAAACCCCAUCUGUGUCCAGAUCCCGUGGGACCAGAACCCGGAGGCGCUGGCCAAGUGGGCCGAGGGCCGGACCGGCUUCCCCUGGAUCGACGCCAUCAUGACCCAGCUGAGGCAGGAGGGCUGGAUCCACCACCUGGCCCGGCACGCCGUGGCCUGCUUCCUGACCAGAGGAGACCUGUGGAUCAGCUGGGAGAGCGGCAUGAAGGUGUUCGAGGAGCUGCUGCUGGACGCCGACUGGAGCGUGAACGCCGGCAGCUGGAUGUGGUUGUCCUGCAGUGCCUUCUUCCAGCAGUUCUUCCACUGCUACUGUCCGGUCGGCUUCGGGAGGAGAACCGACCCGUCUGGAGACUACAUCAGGCGCUACAUCCCCAUCCUGAAGGACUACCCCAACCGGUACAUCUACGAGCCCUGGAACGCCCCCGAGGCGCUCCAGAAGGCGGCCAACUGCGUGGUGGGCGUGGAUUACCCCAAACCCAUGAUCAACCACGCCGAGGGCAGCCGGCUCAACAUCGAGAGGAUGAAGCAGGUUUACCAGCAGCUCUCCCACUACAGAGGCCUCAGUCUUCUAGCAUCAGUACCAACGAUCCAGGAGGAAGCCGAGCCGCCGAUGACGGAUGAGUCUCAGACCAGCAGCGGCCCCGACUCUCCAUCCAGAGAUCUGGCCGACAGCGACGCCGCCGGCUGCUCCACAGCUCCAGACUCCUCCACCGCGGCCCAGCACCCCGACCCGGACGAAGCGGCCCAGCCUCCCUGCGUCUCCUCCCACCAGCUUCAGCCCGGCCAGCCGGCCUCCCCGUCCUCCUCCUCCUGCCCCACCUCGUCCCCGUCGCCCAGCCCGGCCUCCGUGGCCCAGAGGAGGAAGGGCAUCGCCCGCAAGGCGAGGCGCAACCAGAGGCAGCGGGGGAGGCCGAGCUAUCCCCCCAUAGCCCGGGGGGAGGAGAGGGAGGAGGCGGGAGGCGAGGAGAGGAUGGAGGAGGACGUGGAGCAGGAGGAGGAGAGGAUGGAGGAGGAGGAGACGGCAGCACAGCAGCAGUGAUGCAGGUGGAGCGUAAGAGAACAAUCUGCAAACAUCCAGCCGGGACUCCUGGACACACAGCGACACACGACGAACACUGUUCUGGAUUCUUGGACAACAUUCACACACACACAGAAGCAUGCAAACAACAACAACAACAACAACAACAGCAACAGCAACAUGUGGAAACGGUGCAAAAGCAUUUUACUCACAUUGACUCCAGAAACAAGUCGAAACAUUUGAAUGAUUUAAAAACAACAAAAAAAAAACAUCUUAUUUGAGCGAAUGAAGCUAAAAGAUGAGUAAUCUUCUCUUGUACAGUUCCACCUCUGAGACAUCCCAUAAUGAACAGCGUGAACCCAGACCGUGGAGACGGAAGCGCUGGGUGACAUUUGUGUUUCUGUGCUUCGUGAGGUUUAACGAGUGACGCUCUGAGCUGCAGACUGUGGAUGAAGGUGGAGCCGGCGGCCUCCUGAUCGGCCCGUUGAGCAGAUUGUGUUUACUCUGAAGGCACCAGAACAAAUCGUCGUUUCUGUGACGUGAGGAGGCUUGUAUCUGCCAGCUUGUAGAGUUUAGCUAAUCGGCGUUGAGCUGCUCAGAGGCGCUGAUAGGAGCUCCACAGGGGACGCUAUGUGAUGGGAACCAAAUCCUCUCAUCCUCAUAGAACUUAGCUGCAACCAAACUGUAAUUUAAUCAAAAAGUACAAUAUAAACAAUCCGAAAAAGCAGGAAGAUUUCUUUAAAAUCACAUUUAAAAAGCUGAUUUUCUCACAUCAGCCUUUUAACCAACCAAAACUCCACAACUUUAGUUUAUUUAAUGAAGACGUGCAGAAUGUUCCCUUCGUUCUAUGACAUCGUGCAGAGUCGCCGUUUGGUCACAUUGAGGUUCUGUAACUCUGGAAACAUUCUCAGUGUGAAGGUCACGUUAUUGCACGGCUUCAUUAAAUACAAUCAGGUUAUUGUUCAUGAAUGUGAGCUGAUCCGGUGGCAGAAACACGCAUCAGUUUGCUGCUUAGGAGGAAAAGUUACUGAGAUGUUCAGGCCGUGUCUGAAACCAUCGGCUCACUAUCAGGGACCACUGUGUGUUUUAUGUGUGUUUUUCAGACACUACUGGAGGUGUUCGUCACGUCGCUCGCUGGCUGUGAUUUGUGCCGCAGCAGCGUAGCACAAACAGAUUCACAGGUUAUUGUGUAGAUAAGACACGGGGGGAAUCAAGUUUAACAAAACAUAAACAGGAAAUUACUCACAUUUUAAUGACAGGUUUUCGUUCGUCUUUUUGUUUGGUGACCGUCGGUGGUUUGUGGGGUACAUUGAGGGCACUGUACAGGGUGUAGCGUCUGUAGCUUAGCAUUCAGACAUCACGAUUCACGGUGUGAUGGGUGAUUUCAGACACAGCCUUAGUUUUUGUUCUGUUUCAGUUUGAACAUCUCAGCGCCUCCACAGAAAUCCUGUCCAUCGAGUUGUUGGUGAGCAGCUUCCAGCUACGUAGCAGCUACUUGUCCCCAUAAAUCGAUUUGCUUUAACACGAGGCAGGACAGCCUAAACCUUCGUCCUCUGAUUGCUUUGGCAAGAUGCUAACAUCUCCUCACCGUCCUCACUCACAUCUCAGGAGGAAAAGAUGAGAAACUCAUGAGCUCCACCUCAAACCUCCUCUUUCUUUCUUUCUCUCUGGUUGCAAAUAAUUCCACAAACUGGAGACGACGACGUUCACCUUUGAGGUGUUUCUCUGUGGGGAGGCCGUCGUGUCGUCCGUCUUCAUUAACAGUCUGUAGCGGCUCGUUCGGAUCCUUUCAGACCAAAAACCGACUUGUUCUUGUUUCAGCAGCAGCGAGAUGUUCAGACUUCAGGAUGUGGCUUCGAUAACCCCAAAGAGUCGAGUCUCUGUUUGUUUUUGUGUCGAUGGUGGAGAGCGUUGCUCCUUCGAGCGCCUCCACGUGUCCAAGAGCAGCAGAGCCCAAAACACACAUUUAUAUAGAACUGGCUCCUGACCAGAGUCGGGUUUCUUCAGCACUUUAUCUCACUAUGAACCGCUUAACGUGCAAUUUUAGGCAAAAACUGAAUAAAACCGACACAAGAGGUCAGUAGCUCAGCCUCAUUCAGCCACUCUGUCCUGUUUGUAGUCAAAGUUAAAGCUGAUGCUCCCAAACGUUCAGAUUUUUUGUUUUAAGCUUAAAUACGACAAAACUCAAAGUGUGCUGCUAACUAGCUUAGCUUAGCUUAGCUUAGCACACUGACAUUCAGGAGAUCCUUUGUGAUUAAUCACCGUUUUUGUUUUGCUUUAUUGACAGAUGAUUUUAUGAAAUAGUUGCUUCCUUUAAAAACUAAAGAAGAAAGAAAAAAACACUCAUUUUAUUUAUUUUUCCUGCACAUUUUAAUUUUCACAACUUUUGCAGAUUUUUCCACUCUGCAAAUGUUUUUUUUUUUUUCUUUUUACUUUGCCGAUUGUUCAAGCAGUAGUUUCAUCUGUGCUUCGCUGAGCUGAAGUCAAAAAAUAGAAACCAAAAAACCUCUUUAUAGUUUACCACAUCCUGAGAUCAUGUUUCGUUUUGUCGGAACAUCAGCGCAAAUACUUAAAAUAUUCAAUUUAUGGUGAUAAAUGACGAAGAAUUACAUCAAAUCUGCACGUCAAAGAGUCUGAAACCAGCACAUUCUGCUUUUUUACCUAAAAAAUAUAUUUUUUAGUUAUUAAAACAUUAAAAGCGUGCCAAAAAACUAGUGCAGGGCCGAAGGGGACGUCUUUAAAUGCUGCGUUUUGUUUGAACGUGUUUUUUAAAAGAAGGUAAAAUAUACAGUUACAGUCAUGUGUGAAGAAACUAUCAUGCAUUUGGCACAUUUAAAAAGCUGAACCAGCACACUUUGGAUGUUUUGUAGUCUAUGAAACAUCCAGAACUGUUUAGUGGAACUGACGGUAACGUCUUUGAACGUCUUUUGUUCAACCAAAAGUCACAAAAAGCCCAAAAAUAUUUAGUUUAUCUUGCAAUCUGUCAAAAAACUACAACAAAACAUUGUGAAAUUAUUUUGUAGAACUGAAGAUGUCGUCUUUAAAUGUCUUAUUUGACCUAAAGUCAACCCCGACAGCAACAUUCUUAGCUUAAAGUCAAAUAUGACGAGAAAAAGCCUGCAGUCGGCACAUUGUGGAAGCUUGAACCAGCAAAUUUUGGGGCGUUUCUAUCAAGGAAACGUCACUGAGUCCAUGAAAAAUUGCAAAAUAAUUGUGUAGAACAUCUUCAAAAGCCACAAACACCACAAAAGGAUUCAGUUUACAGUCAUAUAAGGCAAAAAGCUGCAUGUAAUCUGCACUUUUUACUAGCUUGAACCCGCAAUUAUUUAGUAUUUCUGCUCAGACGUGACCAUAAAGUCCAUAAAACGUUAAAAAAAUUUACAAAAAAAGUUUCAGAUAAUCUUUGUGCGUGACUAUCAAAAGCAGAAAAUCGACUUUUUUUAAACACUAAAAUCUGUAAAUGUUAGACUUUUUUUAUUUAUUUAUUUGAAAAUAGAAAAAUAGUUGCACUUCUUAAUCCGUUAAUCGUUUUUUUUUUUUUGGCAUCGUUUGUUUACGUUCUUGUUUCAGGAAGUCGUCCUGAUGACAUCACAGGGUGGUAAAAGACGGUGAGCUCUGAUUGGUCGGACACCGAAGCGCAGUAUUAAUGCCUCGAUAAUCAGCUGACGUGUUAUCGAACAGAAACAUCCUGAGGUCUGAAGCCUGCGUUUGGUUUUCUGUUGACGAGUGAAAACAAACACCAGAGUCCACGAUGGAGUCUCUUCAUGUUCAUAUGUAAAUGCCCGAUGUGAAUGUUUUGGAGAAUAUCUGAUAUUUUUGCUAGCAGCAAUGUUAAUUAGGGAACAUACUGUUUUUAUAGUCCAUGAAUUCCCCGUCUGGUCUGGAAAACGGUUUAAAUUCGGGGGACGACGGAGACGAAGGCGAGUUUUUGCCAUAUUGUUUUUUUUUUUCUGUGGCAACUGAAAAACGCUGCUUGUGUGACUUGAAUGUAGAGAAAAAAACAAAACAAACAAAAAAACCCUGCUUUGUUGUUCUCCCCACGUAUUUAUCAGAGUUUGUAUAUAAAAUCUGUAAAACCUGUAACACCCUGUCUGUUUCACUAACGGUCUGAGGCCGGGGGGGUUUCACAAAGACUCAGUGUCCAGUAGGGGGCAGCGAAAGCAGCUCAGCGACCUGCAGAAACCCGACCGAGUCGCUCGUUCUCUCUCGUCUGCAGGUGGUUCAUCCAGUAGUAGUUAGUCAGACCUGCACUUUCUCAGCUCGUUUGAAGACAUAAAAACUGACGGCAGCAGAUUAAAUCUCCGUCAUUCGCUUAAUUGAUUAUUUAUAAGUUCAGCUCUUCGUCCUAAAUUCUUGACAGAAGUGAAUUCUUCUACUUCAUAAAUCUCAUACAAGCUCAAUUGAUUUUCAUUUUCGCUCAAUUUAUCUGCCAGUUAUUGUUUUUGUAUAUAAAAUGACAGAAAGCUGCAAAAAACAUCCUGUUUUAGUUUCCCCUGAAUGCAACACGGCAUCUUUAAUGUCUUAAAGGAAAAAAAAAAAUCUGAAAAUAUCCAGUUAAGCAUCAAAUUUCACGUUUGAGGAGCUGGAAGCUAAAAAUAUUUUCAAUUUUUUCCCUUUUAAAAAUGUCAAAAAUGUUGAUUUGAUUGUCUUAGUAGAUGCUGAUUAAUUUUCUGCUAAUUCCAUCUCGUGCUCUGACUCCAUGUGAGCAGCUUUUGGUUCAUUAUUUUGUCAGAAACCUGCUACAACACUUGAGACGACGCCUGAGUAACAUCCCGCAGAACAGCAAGACGUCUUUAAUGUGUUGUUUUAUGAUAAUUAAUCGUCAUUUUCGCUCAACUUAUUAGAUUUUUUUUCUAUAAAAUGCAGAAAAAAGCAAAAAAAUCGCUGUUUUGAUUUCCCACAGCGCAAAGCAGCAACUUUAAUGUCUUAGUAAAAAUCUAAAAAUAUUCAGUUUGUUUUCAGAUAAUCUGUUGGACGGUAGAUGAUAGCUAACUGAAUUUUGUACGACUGGGUUUAACGCUCAGGUUCAUCCGUCUGGUCGGGUUUUUCUGCAGGAAUCCUGUUUUUAUUUUCUGAUAUUUUUUAAAACUGACAAUCAGACGUCCUGCACUUUAACUUCACGUUUCUUCAACCAAACUGCUUCGUCAUUUUUAGCUCCAGGAUUUAAAGCCAUAGUAGCAGCUGGACUUUGUGAAACCCCCUCAGUGCUGCCUGGAAGGGAGAUUUUUACCCCAGAGAGGGUAACAGAUAGUUUGGAGACAAACCGUCCGGCCCCCCGCAGGGAAGAACUGAGACGCCUAGAGUUCCCGCUGAUCCUGAACGCAACACCAGCCCGGCAGUGACGAUGGGGGAGCGGCUCUGUCCGACGGCCGAGGCCUCGACGGGCCGGUGGUUCUGUCUGAGGGGCCGGAGGUUCUGUCCGACAGCGUGGGCCGCACCGAUAUUUAUUUGUUUUGUACAAACAGAGUUUAUUUUCAUUAAAACCGCUGAAGGAACUGUGAUUGAAA